GCAGGCUCAGGCUGGGCAGUGUGUUCCAGCUCCAGCUGGACCCAAAGUCUUCGUGCUGCCACCAGCUUUCUAAGGCACCAACUCCUGCCGCCACGCACCAUGGCUAUGAAGGUAGACAGCAAGCCCGGGGGGCUCCCCAGCAGUGGCUCUGACCCAGGCACAGCCCGAGAGCACAUGCAGGCAGUCACCCGAAACUACAUCACCCACCCCCGAAUCACCUACAGGACAGUGUGCAGUGUCAAUGGGCCCCUGGUGGUGCUGGACCAGGUCAAGUUUGCCCAGUAUGCUGAGAUCGUCAACUUCACCCUGCCUGAUGGAACUCAAAGGAGUGGCCAAGUGCUUGAAGUGGCUGGGACCAAGGCUAUUGUUCAGGUGUUUGAAGGAACCUCUGGGAUUGAUUCCCAGAAGACCACCUGCGAGUUCACAGGCGACAUUCUACGGACUCCAGUGUCAGAGGACAUGUUGGGUCGGAUUUUCAAUGGCUCCGGAAAACCCAUUGACAAAGGGCCUGUGGUCAUGGCGGAGGAUUUUCUGGACAUCAAUGGCCAACCCAUCAACCCCCAUGACCGAAUCUACCCAGAGGAGAUGAUUCAGACUGGCAUUUCUCCCAUCGAUGUCAUGAACAGUAUUGCCCGUGGUCAAAAGAUCCCCAUCUUCUCAGCGGCUGGGCUCCCCCACAAUGAGAUUGCAGCCCAGAUCUGCCGUCAGGCUGGGCUGGUGAAGAAAUCCAAAGCUGUGCUGGAUUAUCAUGAUGACAACUUCGCCAUUGUCUUUGCAGCCAUGGGGGUGAACAUGGAGACAGCCAGGUUCUUCAAGUCCGACUUCGAGCAGAAUGGAACUAUGGGGAAUGUCUGCCUCUUCCUGAACUUGGCCAACGACCCUACGAUUGAGCGGAUAAUCACCCCGCGCCUGGCACUGACCACUGCAGAGUUCCUUGCCUACCAAUGUGAGAAGCAUGUGCUGGUCAUACUGACAGACAUGAGCUCCUAUGCAGAGGCCUUGCGGGAGGUCUCAGCUGCCAGAGAGGAAGUGCCUGGGCGCCGAGGCUUCCCGGGAUACAUGUAUACAGACCUGGCCACCAUCUACGAGCGGGCAGGCCGCGUGGAGGGCCGGGGAGGAUCCAUCACACAGAUCCCCAUCCUCACCAUGCCCAAUGAUGAUAUCACCCACCCCAUCCCAGACUUGACGGGCUUCAUCACUGAGGGACAGAUCUACGUGGACAGACAGCUAUAUAACAGACAGGUUUACCCCCCUAUCAAUGUGCUCCCUUCCCUGUCCCGACUGAUGAAGUCCGCCAUUGGGGAGGGCAUGACCAGAAAGGACCACGGAGAUGUCUCCAACCAGCUGUACGCCUGCUACGCCAUCGGGAAGGACGUGCAGGCCAUGAAGGCCGUGGUGGGGGAGGAGGCGCUCACCUCGGAGGACCUGCUUUACCUGGAAUUCCUGCAAAAGUUCGAGAAGAACUUCAUUAACCAGGGCCCCUACGAGAACCGCUCGGUGUUCGAGUCUCUGGACCUGGGCUGGAAGCUGCUGCGAAUCUUCCCCAAGGAGAUGCUGAAGCGCAUCCCUCAGAGCGUACUCGAUGAGUUCUACUCCCGCGAGGGGGCGCCGCAGGACUCCGCGUCCUACACGGCGCUCUAGGCCAGCGCAUCCUAUAGUCCCUGCCCUCUGUGCCCACCACUACCCAGCCCUCCUCCGCCACCAUCUCCCCAUCACCCCUCCACCCCGAAGUCACCGCUUCUGCGCCCACCUUCAGCCCCUGCAGACUGUGAGGGUUCACACGCUCCAUCUGUCUUCCUCCACUCGCAGCACUGGGACAGAAGAGAGGUUCUUAAACCAGUGACCCAUGACUUAGUCAGACAAGAGUAUCUGUAUAUGUAUUUUAAAUGGCAUUUUGUAUGUUUCUGUGGCUCUGGGGAUCCAACCCAGGGCCUCCUGAAUGCUAAGCAGGCUACCACUGGGAUGCACCCCAGUCGUAUGUUUUUAUUUAAAAUCUCUCCAAAUAAGAAUAACUCAGAUGAAUUUAUUUUAGGUGAAAACAAGAUUGGUAUUUAAAAGAAAAAAAAAAAGAUAAUUGUUGAAGGUGUAGGUGAUAGAUACAUGAAGUUCAUUAAACUAUUUUUCCCCCCUAAAAACAUAUAUUCGAAAGGCUGGGGCCGGAGGAUCGAAAGUUUAAUGCCAGCCUGGACACUUAACAAGAUCCUGUCUCAAAAAAUAAAAAUAAAUAAACGAAUAAAAAGGGCUGGAGAUACAACUCACCACUUCCUGGGGUUCAAUCUCCAGUACUAUAAAAGGAAAACAAGCUAACAAAAAAAUGCACUAAUGCCUCAACAGGUGAUAAUAGAAUUCCUCUUAGGAAGAUAUUUAUCUUUCUAAAGAAAUAGCUUGCUAAAUUUCCUGGGUAGAACUUGAGCUCAGGGGCCAUGGAAGAGAAAAUCAUAGCCACAAAUGAUUUUUUACUUUAAACAGCUCUGUCUGAGAGAUACUGGGUGGUAAUUUGGUUUGCUGCAGACACAGAGGGAGUUAGGGAGAUAGCCUGAGGGACAGGAUAGACGGGGGUGCAGAAGGCUGAGGAAAGAUCCCAAAUGAAGAAAUGGGUGAGAAGCAUUCCAAAACUCAGGAUGCCUAAGCUCCUUUGAAAGCUGCCUGCUCUUCUGUGAUGUUAUCCCUUCUUUUGUCUCUCUGCCCCUACAAAGAAGUCAUGAGCCUACGAAGAAUUCAUGAAUGCUUCUUAAAAGUGAAAGUGUAGGUGGGGAACAUGGGACUUUAGCCAAGAAAUGAGUUUCAUUUCUAAGUCAUUGUGUCCUAGAACCUUGUCAGAAUUCUUGGAUCAAGGACUGGCACCAAAGGAGGCCCGAAGAUACAAGUCCCAUUCCCAAGACAAUUCAUAGCCAUCUGGAGGAAAGCUUUGACUGUGCACAGGGCAUAGAGUUGUUUUUGUUCAAUAAUAGUUUUAUUGAGAUUUAUUGAUUCACACUGUAAAAUUUACCUAUUUGUAACUGUAUGAUUUAAUAGUUUUUAGUAUAUUCACGAAGUUGAGUGACCAUGACCACAAUCAAUUUUAGAACAUUUUUAUUACCCCUAAAAGAAAUCCUGUACCUCCAGCCGAUCCAUUCCUUUCCUAUCCCUAAGCAACCAUGAAUCUACUUUGUAUCUCUAUGGAUUUGCCUAUUCUGGACAUUUCAUAUAAAUGGAAUCAUACAAUAUAUGGGCUUUUGUGGCUGGCUUAUUUCACUUAGCAAACAUUUUGAAGGUUCCCUCAUGUUGUAGAAUGUAUCAGUACCUCAUUUCUUUUAAUUGCCAAGUAGUAAUCCACAGCAUGGAUGUACCAUGUUUUGCUAAACCAUCAGUUAAUGAACAUGUAAGUUGUUUCUAUUUUUUACCUACUUUGGAUAAUGCUGCUAUGAACAUUCAUGUACACAUUUUUAUGUGGAUCUGUCUGUUCAUUUCUCCUGGCUAUUACCUAGGAAUAGAAUUGCUGAAUUAGAUAGUAACUCAGUUUAUCUUCUGAAGGAACUGCCAAACUGUUUGUGAAAAUGGCUGAAUCAUUUUAAUUCCUAUCAGCAAUGUGUGAGGGUUCCAACUUCACAUCCUCAACAGCCCUUGUAGUUAUUUUAUAUUAGUGUGUAUGAAAUGGUGUGUCAUUGUGCUUUUGAUUUUCAUUUCCCUAUCAAGUAAUGAAGCUGACCACCUUUCUUUGUGCUUAUUAGCUAUUUAUAACUACUCUAGGGAAAUACCUAUUCAGACCUUUUGCCAAUUUUAAUUGUUAGUUGUCUUUUCAUUAUUGAGUUGUAAGAUUUAUACAUAUAUUCUAGACACAAGUCCUUUACCAAUGAUUCAUAAAUAUUUUUUUUCUCA